UCUAAAAUGUUAGCGCACACACGCCGCCGAGCAGCCGACGGGUGCAAACGCCGUCCGCCGAGAUUGUGCUUCCUUCCUGAGCUGAAGUGGCGGAACUUUCACUACAGGCCCGUCAGUCGCGCCGUCGUUGUUUGUGUGAAGUUUAGUGUGUUUAGUGUGUAAAACGCUGUUGAGAAUUUGAUAGUGGAACAGAAUCACCUGUACAAAGUGUGAUCUGUACCUGGGCGAUCACUUAGCACGGGCAGCAAUUAACACCUCUCUACGGUGUGCAAAAACGGUUCCGCUGAUUUGUUACUUAAAUUACGUGCUAGUCAAUUACCCAUCCGAUCAGUUUGCUCAUUAGCUGUGGUGAUUCAAUCAUACCGAAGAGCUGAAACUCACUCUGCUCGAUCAAUCGGCAACUAGUUGCGGCCAGACACGAUGGAUACCGAGCGGCAGUGUGCACCAGAACAGUCAACCGAAAGCAAGCCUGAAGGCAAGGCACGUGGUGCGGACAUAAACUAUGGCAUCGACGACAAUCCGCCGUGGUACUUCUGCAUCAUGAUGGCGCUACAGCACUAUCUAACGAUGAUUGGGGCAAUCGUUUCGAUUCCGUUCAUACUUACGCCCGCCCUGUGCAUGAGGGAUGAAGAUCCGGCCCGCGGUACGAUCAUUUCCACCAUGAUCUUCGUCACCGGGCUGAUCACGUACCUGCAGGCAACGUGGGGCUGCCGAUUGCCCCUCGUCCAGGGCGGCACGAUCUCGUUUCUCGUGCCGACGCUCGCCAUCCUGAACCUGCCCCAGUGGAAGUGUCCACCGGCCGACGCAAUCGACGCGAUGACCGACACCGACCGCACCGAGCUGUGGCAGGUGCGGAUGCGCGAACUGUCCGGUGCGAUUGCCGUGGCGGCCGUGACACAGAUCGUGCUCGGAUUCAGCGGGCUGGUGGGGAAGCUGCUGCGCAUCAUCACCCCGCUGACGAUCGUACCCACGGUGGCGCUGGUCGGCAUAACGCUCUUCCAGCAUGCCAGUGAAACGGCCUCCAAGCAGUGGGGCAUCGCCGUCGGCACGACCGGCAUGCUGACGCUGUUCUCGCAGGUCAUGGGCGAGGUGCCGUUCCCGGGCAUUACCUACCGCAAGGGGCACGGUUUGCGCGUGGUCUGGUUCCCGCUGUUCAAGCUGUUUCCCGUGCUGCUCACGAUCGCCAUCAUGUGGACGGUGUGCGGCGUGCUGACGGCGACGGGCGUCUUUCCCGAGGGGCACCCGGCCCGUACCGAUGUGCGGUUGCGCGUGCUGCAGGACGCGGAAUGGUUUCGCGUGCCGUACCCGGGCCAGUUCGGGCUGCCGACCGUGUCGCUGGCGGGCGUGCUGGGCAUGCUGGCCGGCGUGCUGGCCUGCACGGUCGAAUCGAUCAGCUACUAUCCGACGAUAGCGCAGAUGUGUGCGGCGCCACCGCCUCCCCUGCACGCGAUCAACCGGGGCAUCGGCAUCGAGGGGCUCGGCACGAUGCUGGCGGGGCUGUGGGGCUCCGGCAACGGGACCAACACGUUCGGCGAGAACGUCGGUGCGAUCGGCGUAACGAAGGUGGGCAGCCGGCGGGUCAUACAGUGGGCCGCCCUCAUCAUGGUGCUGCAGGGCGUGCUGAACAAGUUCGGGGCUGCGUUCAUCAUGAUCCCGGAUCCGGUGGUCGGCGGCAUCUUUUGCGUCAUGUUCGGCAUGAUCACGGCGUUCGGGCUGGCCGCACUGCAGUACGUCGAUCUGCGCUCCUCGCGCAAUCUGUACAUACUGGGCGUGUCGUUCUUCUUCCCGCUCGUGCUGUGUCUGUGGCUGCAAGAACAUCCGGGCGCGAUCCAGACGGGCAAUCAGACGGUCGACUCCACGCUCUCGGUACUGCUCGGCACAACCAUCCUCGUCGGGGGUGUGCUUGGUUGUGUGCUGGAUAAUCUGAUACCCGGCACGCCGGAGGAGCGUGGCCUUGUCGCUUGGUCGAAGGAGAUGGCCCUCGAGACGGCACAGGACAACGAUGACGUGCCGGCGGGUGGUCUCGUGUGGGAGAAAAACACGUUCGAUUUCCCGUAUGGUAUGCAGCUAAUGAGAAGAUGGAAGUGGACCCGCUACGUACCGUUCCUGCCGACGUACAGAAUGAAGCUUUGAGUGGGGACAUACAUACAGGUCAAAGGUCGAGUACUUUUCUCGGAUACACCGCCCUGGAGACCCACUCAAACGCCGUUGCGAUGUACGGAAUUUGGCAUGGCAUGCCACGCAUCCAGGCGGGUUGAUUCGCAACUAAGACCGCCGCCUCUGUUCUGCAACGGGACGGCUCACGCUAGUGGAAUAUAGAAAUGAAGUUGAAUUGAA